CACACUCCUCUUGAAGUAGCCUCAGGUAAUGGCCAUUUGCAGAUCGUCCAGUUGCUAGACAGCGACGACGCAAUGGGAUUCAAUAGCUUGACAAAGAAGGAGGGGACGACACCUCUACAAAGUGCCUCUAAAAAUGGUCACGAAGAUGUUGUCCGAUUGUUGUUGGAUGCCAAAGCGGAACCCAACCUAGUGAAGAACGGCAACCUUUCACCACUAGAGGCUGCGACAAAAGGGAAUCAUGAGUCUAUUGUUCGCCUACUUCUUGAG